AUGGUGGGUCCCUUCGGCUUGCCGCCCCCUACCCACCGUGGUCCGGAGCUCACUGCUCAGCCCGUCCCCAAGUCCCACGCGCUCGACACUCAAGACCCUCUCCAGCCCUGCAGCUCCCACCCCGCUGCGGUGCCCGUGGUCCCGGGAGCCGCGCGCCGCAGCCGCAGCAUCCCCCUCCCCUCCGCACUGAGCUGGCCGCCGCUGCAGCCCCAGCCCGCCGGGCCACUGCAGCCCCCGCCCUGCCCUCCCCCUAGACGCUUCCAGAGCUGGAGAGUUCGAGCACUCAUGAGGGGCGGGGGCAGGCAGACGGGUGCUUUCUCUGUGGUCCGCAGGUGUGUGAAGAAAACCUCCACCCAGGAGUAUGCAGCAAAAAUCAUCAAUACCAAGAAGUUGUCCGCCCGGGAUCACCAGAAACUCGAACGGGAAGCUCGAAUCUGCCGGCUUUUAAAACACCCCAACAUUGUGCGCCUCCAUGACAGUAUUUCUGAAGAAGGGUUUCACUACCUCGUGUUUGACCUUGUUACCGGUGGAGAGCUGUUUGAAGACAUCGUGGCCAGAGAGUACUACAGUGAAGCCGAUGCUAGCCACUGUAUCCAUCAGAUUCUGGAAAGCGUUAACCAUAUCCACCAGCAUGACAUUGUCCACCGGGACCUGAAGCCGGAGAACCUGUUGCUGGCGAGUAAAUGCAAGGGUGCCGCCGUCAAGCUGGCUGAUUUUGGCCUAGCCAUCGAAGUCCAGGGAGAGCAACAGGCUUGGUUUGGGUUUGCUGGCACCCCGGGUUAUUUAUCCCCUGAGGUCUUGAGGAAAGAUCCCUACGGAAAGCCGGUGGAUAUCUGGGCCUGCGGGGUCAUCUUGUACAUCCUCCUGGUGGGGUACCCUCCCUUCUGGGAUGAGGAUCAGCACAAGCUGUAUCAGCAGAUCAAGGCUGGAGCCUAUGAUUUCCCAUCACCAGAGUGGGAUACAGUGACGCCUGAAGCCAAGAACUUGAUCAACCAGAUGCUGACCAUUAACCCAGCAAAGCGCAUCACAGCUGACCAGGCUCUGAAGCACCCAUGGGUCUGCCAACGAUCCACAGUGGCCUCCAUGAUGCAUCGCCAGGAGACUGUGGAGUGCUUGCGCAAGUUCAAUGCCCGGAGGAAACUGAAGGGCGCCAUCCUCACGACCAUGCUCGUCUCCAGGAACUUCUCAGUUGGCAGGCAGAGCUCCGCCCCCGCCUCGCCUGCCGCGAGCGCCGCCGGCCUGGCCGGGCAAGCUGCCAAAAGCCUACUGAACAAGAAGUCAGAUGGCGGGGUCAAGAAAAGGAAGUCGAGCUCCAGCGUGCACCUGAUGCCACAGAGCAACAACAAAAACAGUCUCGUAAACCCAGCCCAAGAGCCCGCGCCCUUGCAGACGGCCAUGGAGCCACAAACCACCGUGGUACACAAUGCCACAGAUGGCAUCAAGGGCUCCACAGAGAGCUGCAACACCACCACAGAAGAUGAGGACCUUAAAGCUGCCCCGCUCCGCACUGGGAAUGGCAGCUCGGUGCCUGAAGGACGGAGCUCCCGGGACAGAACAGCCCCCUCUACAGGCAUGCAGCCCCAGCCUUCUCUCUGCUCCUCAGCCAUGCGGAAACAGGAGAUCAUUAAGAUCACAGAACAAUUGAUCGAGGCCAUCAACAAUGGGGACUUUGAGGCCUACACGAAGAUUUGCGAUCCUGGCCUCACUUCCUUUGAGCCUGAGGCCCUUGGUAACCUGGUGGAAGGGAUGGAUUUCCAUAAGUUUUACUUUGAGAAUCUCCUCUCCAAGAACAGCAAGCCCAUCCACACCACCAUCCUGAACCCGCACGUUCAUGUAAUCGGGGAGGAUGCUGCUUGCAUCGCCUACAUCCGCCUCACCCAGUACAUCGACGGGCAGGGCCGGCCUCGCACCAGCCAGUCGGAGGAGACUCGGGUCUGGCACCGCCGGGAUGGCAAGUGGCUCAAUGUCCACUAUCACUGCUCAGGGGCCCCUGCCGCACCGCUGCAGUGAGCUCAGCCACAGGGGCAUUAGGAGAUCCCAGCUGGAGGUCGAACCUUCGCAGCCAGUGGCUCUGGAGGGCCUGAGUGACAGCGGCAGUCCUGGUCGUUUGAGGUUUAAAACAAUUAAAUUACAAAGCGGCAGCAGCCAAUGCACGCCCCUGCAUGCAGCCCUCCCGCCCGCCCUUCAUGUCUAUCUCUGCUGUACCGAGGUGUUUUUUACAUUUACGAAAAAGAAAAAAAGAUUGUUUAAAAAAAAAAAGGAAUCCGUACCAUGAUACGUUUUAAAACCACCGAUAGCCCUUGGGCUUAGCAUGAAGGCAGGAUUUUGAGUGAUGCCCAUCCUGGCAUGAGCAGCGGGCUCACCCAGCAGCCCAGAAGAGGCGAGCUUGGCCUCUGGCCCCCACGGACUCAUGGGGGACCAGGCAAGAACUCUGACAGAGCUUCGGGGCUGUGAUGGGAUGGCAGCCCCCGGAGUUGCCGGCCUGCUCCAGGUAUAGGAAUGGACUUCUUCCAGACGUGCACGGGUGCCCAGAAUGAGGCUAAUGAGAACAUCGUGGCCAUCUGACCUGCUUGGGAGAGAACGCAGAGCUCCCGGCCUGCGAUGGAGGCAGCGAAGAUGUAGUGGCCUCAGUGUGAGAGCCGGACGUUGCUGUACUCUGUUCCAUGUAAUGUAGAAGGGAAGAGAAUUGGUGCUGCAGAAGUGUGUUCGCAAUGAAGCCAAUGAGAAAGCUCGUGUUAGUCUGACAUGCACUCACUUAAUUCAUCCAUUUCUAUAGGAUGCACAAUGCACGUGGGCCCUGAUAUUGAGGCCUGAACCUUGGCAAGGAAGGGAGAGGAGUUGCCACUUUGCUUCCUGUUUGUUUUCUUAUAACUUAGCAAGGAGCGAGCCAGCCACUGGUUAAGACUCUCCUUGCCACAUUUGGCAGUCCUGUUUUUGUGCUGACUUUUGGACCAUCUUUGUCCUGCCUCUUCCUGGUGGUGGUCUCCAGGCUGAUCCUCAUUUGGAGCUGGGCCUUCUACCAAGUGCCCCUGUGGGAUGGGGGGGUGAGACCGUGGGGUGACAGGUGGUGGUUGUUUCUAUGCAUUCAGGCUCCCCUCAGGGCCACCUCCCUGUAACUCUUCCCUUGCUGCACGUCCAUCUUUGUUCCUGUCGGAGAUUGACCUGACUGCUCUGGCAAGAACAACAGGUGGCCUCUUUAAAGAGGCCUCUUCACUGACCAACUAAAGUUUAGAUUUACUGCUGGACAAUCUGCAUGGGCAUCACCCCACUCCCACUUGCAUGCCCCCCAAAAGAGGGCUCCAGAACCAGGGCCCCAACGUUCAUUGUCCCUCUCUAUGCUCCAAGAGUCCCAUCCAGGGGGGAAAGCUGUGCUCUACGUAGCAGAGCAGAGAAGGGAAGAGCAACUGUUGAGUGGUCUGCACGAACAUCUGCACUUUGGGGAGGGGGGAAGGUAGGCAGACCUCCGCCCCCCACCACCAGACUACCUCCAGGAGGCACAGGAACUGGAGGGUGGGGGUAGGCAGGGAGAAGCAGUUCCAAGGUUGACCUUGGAGCCAGCAAAAGGCCUCCCACAGGUGCUGGUGCUUGAAUUCGGUCAGGCUCCUCCGAGCACCUCAUGCAUGCCCUGCCCUUUCCUGCCCCGCAGCCUGCAGUGCCAACACACAGGCACCUUCACCACGGGGUUGGUUUUGCUGGCAUGAAGACAAAUGGUCUUAGAGUUCAUUGAGACCCAUAGCUUCAUAUGGCUGCUCCAGCCCCACUUCUCCUUAGCAUUCUUCUCCCUCUUCUGGGGCUAAUGUCAACAUCUGUAGACAAUAGACUUAAAAACAAAACAUCACCUUUUAAACAGGAAAUGGAAGGCAUUUGAUGCAGAAUUUUUGCAUGAUGACAUAGAAAUAAUUUAAAACAUAGUGUUUGUUCUGAAUGUUGGUAGACCCUUAAUAGCUUUGUUACAAUGAAACCUUGAACUGAAAAAUAUUUAAUAAAAUAACCUUUAAACAGUC